UCUCGGACACGUCACUUCCGAAACAGUAGCGAUUCGGUUAGAGCUCGUUUGAUUGAGAGCGUUGGUUCUUAUGAGUGUCUUUUUGUUUUAUCCUGCAAAUGUCUUAAAAUAAUCGACCAAACACUCUUCGGAUCAGUCCGUCAAAAAGAUUCCCUGUUGGUUCCAGUAGCAUGAAUUUCUCCGAGAUCUUCAAGCAGUCCAAUCAACUGUGCAAAGUUUCUCCAGAUGGAAAAUACUUGGCCACCUGUGUUCAGUACCGUCUGGUGGUCCGUGAUUUCAACAGCCUUCAGAUCGUGCACCUGUACACAUGCCUGGACCAAGUGAUGCACAUGGAGUGGUCCUCUGACUCCCUCUUCAUCCUUUGUGCCAUGUACAAAAGAGGACUGGUGCAGGUGUGGUCUCUAGAGCAGCCGGACUGGCAUUGUAAGAUAGACGAGGGUUCGAUUGGACUAGUCUCAUCACGCUGGAGUCCUGACGGGCGACACAUACUCAACACCACGGAGUUCAAUUUGAGGGUUACCGUCUGGUCCCUGUGCACAAAAUCCGUGUCGUACAUCAAGUAUCCUAAAGCCUGCCAGAAAGGCGUGGACUUCACCGCAGACGGUCGUUAUAUGGCUCUGGCUGAGAGACGGGAGUGUAAGGACCACAUUAGUGUGUUUGUGUGCGACGACUGGCAUCUUCUCAGACAUUUUGAGAGCGAGACUCAGGAUCUGGCGGGGCUGGAGUGGUCUCCUAACGGCUGCGUGCUUGCGGUGUGGGACAACUGUCUCGAGUAUAAGAUCCUGUUCUAUUCACUGGACGGUCGCCUGUUGUCCUCCUACGGCGCGUAUGAGUGGUCUCUAGGCAUAAAGUCUGUCGCCUGGAGCCCCAGCAGCCAGUUCCUGGCCGUUGGCAGCUACGAUGAGAAGGUUCGGAUCCUGAAUCAUAUCACCUGGAAGAAAAUCACAGAAUUCGAGCAUCCGGCCACCAUCAUGAACACCAAAGCUGUGGUGUUUAAGGAAGUGGAGAAAAGACCUUUUGUGGGCAGUGAAGAUCUCUCUGUUCAUCAGCUGACUGUGGACAACUCGCUGUUUAGCACACAGAGCAAGUAUGAGAUCACACAGCUGCCAGCCCAGGUACCAGUAAUCAAGCCCGAUCCGGACCGAGCCAACCCCAAAAUCGGCAUUUCUGCUCUGGCUUUCAGUGCCGAUAAUCGCUUUCUUGCUACAAAGAAUGAUAACAUGCCUCAGAGCCUGUGGGUGUGGGACAUGCAGAGACUCGGUCUUCUAGCCGUCCUGGAGCAGACGGCUCCUGUGCGCUGCUUCGUCUGGGACCCUCGCAGACCUCGCCUGGCUCUCUGCACCGGAAACACCAAAGUUUAUCUGUGGUCACCAGCUGGCUGCGUGUCUGUGAAUGUACCGGUUGAAGGCGGUUUUCAGGUGCAGUCUCUGUUUUGGCACUGCAGUGGCAGCUCGCUCGUCCUGCUCUCAAAAGAGCACAUCUGCCUGUGUUACGUGGAAGCAGAGGACGAGAAAUAAACUGAAGAUCUCCAUCCUGCAGCCCUACACGAUACGAAGUGCUCCUGCAUGAGCAUGGGACUCACGGGAGAAAUCACUGUUCCUGCAAAUAUACCUCAGCACUUUUUCAUCAAACUUAUGAUUUCCCAGCAGUCUCUGAGGGAAUAAAAUGUGGUUUAAUGUUUAAGCAGAGCACUAGCUAGCACAGAUAUUUAGCGUACGCGAUAUUCUCCAGCACCAGCCUAGUGCAAAUGCUUCUUAUGGCCUUACCAUCUAAAUUGCUGUCACAUUUGUCACAUAUUUAUUUUCUAUCUGUACGUUUUUUUUGUUAGUUUUUAAGAUGAAUGUAAAGGGUUGUGAACGUCUGUUAUAUUUGAUUGUUUUUCCUUAAUGUUUAAGGGUAAACACUAGAUUUAUUUUUGAUACAUUUAGAGCUAUUUGUAAUAAAGUUCUGUUUUUAAAGUAAUUUUUUCUUCUUUAAAAAAAAAAUGGUGAUUCUUAAAACAUCUGUCAAGAACAUUUCGCCAAAAAUUACUGUGAUAGACUAUUUCACUUUGUACAUGGUUUAUGUGGAUUAACCACAAACGGUCAAUUAUUUAAUCUCACAAUGUAAAAAAACACUCCGAAACUAUUUCCUGUUCUUGUGAGAUUCAACUUGCAUGAAUCCUUUUAUAAAAAUAAGAUGUAUGACAACUGAAAAGUGUUAAAAUAACCAUAAUUUUACUUAAAGCGUGUGUAUUACAUAAAUCAGUGUGAUGACAUUCAGGCAACAUUUAAAAAAAAAAAAAAAAUUUAAACUCGAUUUAAACAGAAACCUGGAAGAUUUAGGCUUGAUUGGGGUGAUAGAAACAGCAUUUUACUGCAAUAA